UUUUUUUGUUUUAUCAGUGGGAGAAUCCUCCCAUAAUAAAAAAUAUAUAUUUUUAAAAUAUUUAUAAAAAAAGCUAUGAAACCUCAAUAAAAAAUAAUACUCGCAACAAAAACAUGUCACCGUGCAUUUCAAAAGCCAACUCUCAUCUUGGUGCUGUAACAUUUUUUGCCAAAACCCAUCCUGGAGAUGUGUGUGGCAGCAAUGGUCUGCCAUUGACCCCAAAUUCCAUUGCAAUUCUUGGCCGAGCGCAAAGAUUAAAAGAAAUUAAACAUCAAAAUCUGUGUCAGUAUUUGGACAUAAUACGAGGAAAACAUGAACGCACAAUUGUCGUUUCUGAAUACUCGGGUGAUACUUUGGAACACAAAUCUCGCGUUUCUUUUAAUUCCACACAAAUAUUGAGAGUAUUUUAUCAAAUUGCUUGUGGAAUAGCUGAAGUACAUCGCAAUAAGUUUGCCAUACACAAUUUGGAGCCGAAGAAUGUGCUGUUGGAUGAAUUGGACAAUGUAAAGCUAUUCAACUAUGGAUUGUUUUAUAUGACAAAUGGAGGGGAGUAUGUCCCAUUUCCAAUUGGAAAUAUUCGAUACAUGGCCCCAGAACGCAUUGUUGGUGGCAAGCACAACAUCAAGAGCGACAUUUGGAGUUUAGGUAUCAUUAUUGCUGAACUUUUACUAGACUGCCAACUUUGGUCGAAUCUGAAGAUUUCAAAUAUCAGCCGAAAAAUAUUAUCAUUUUGUAAGACAAAUAGUGUUUUUGAAAAAAUCGCCCGAGAGCACAAUCGUUACGAUAUGUACUUAGCCCUUGACAAAGAUCUGAGAUUAUUGGUUGAGAAAUGCCUUUCGGUGGCAGUUAAAAAUCGUCCUCUCCCCGAUGAACUUGUACAAGAUAAUAUUUUCAAAUCGAAUCUCGAGCUUUGUUCAGUUAAAAGUUUGGAAAAACCUAAACUUCUUUUGCUAAGGUGUCCUUUAGAUCAGAUAUAUUAUCUCUGGCAGCUGGCUGGAGGAGAUGUACAAUCGGAAUUAAAAAGUGAAGGACUUAUUCGUAGUGAAGCGCCAAUUCUAGCCAUUCCUCGAGUAGUUUGUCUAAGUGGUGCAAUUGUUGGACCAAAAAGAAGUCAAAGUUAUCUCAUGGACGAUAGAGUUGUCAUUUUAAAGCUAAAUAACCUAAUUGAGAGGUUAAAAGGCAUUCCUGCUAUGGCCUACUACCCAUUAAUACACUCGCCGAAAUUUGUUUUCAACUAUGGCUCAGGAAUGGAACAACUGCCAUUAAUUAUUCGUGAACGGGACACCGAGUACCAAUUCUAUCGAGUUAUGCUAUUCUCAAGACUUUUAAAGGGAUAUCCAUUUACAGGAGAUUUAAUUGAGAAAGAAGCAGCAAUUGAUAUUCCUCCAUUGCUGCGGGGACAAAUCUGGGCUUGCCUCCUUGGAGUAAUUCCCAAUGGAAGCUAUGAUAAGAUCGAUAAAGUUACACCAACUUCCACCGAUAGACAGAUCGAAGUUGAUAUUCCUCGCUGUCACCAGUAUGACGAACUUUUGUCAUCUCCUGAGGGUCAUAGGAAACUUAAGCGACUUCUCAAAGCGUGGGUAACUUCUCAUCCACAGUACGUCUACUGGCAAGGUCUUGAUUCUCUUACAGCUCCAUUUUUGUAUCUCAAUUUUAAUCAGGAAGAGCUCGCAUUUCUUAGUCUCUAUAAAUUUAUUCCAAAAUACCUUCAAUGGUUUUUCCUGAAGGAUAACUCUGCCAUCAUAAAAGAGUAUCUCAGUAAAUUCUCCCAAUUGACGGCAUUUCAUGAACCACUGCUGGCCAAACAUCUAAUGGCAAUCAAUUUCAUACCCGAACUGUUCGCAAUUCCUUGGUUUCUAACGAUGUUUUCACAUGUAUUUCCGUUACAUAAAAUCCUGCAUCUUUGGGAUAAAUUGAUGCUUGGUGACAAUUCAUACCCACUUUUUAUUGGCAUCUCGAUCUUGAAGCAACUCAAGACCACGCUUCUAAGUUCAGGUUUUAAUGAAUGUAUUCUUUUAUUUUCUGAUCUACCUGACAUUGUGAUGGAGAAUUGUGUUGUAGAGUCACAGAUAAUGUAUGAAACAACGCCAAAAAGCGUAACCCACCGACAACAUGUGCUUAGAGAUGAAAAACCACAGGAGUUUGACAUCUCUGGAGUCACCUUAGCUGAAUUACAAUCGGAAAUGUGUCCACGAAUCAGCGCAAAUGAUUAUUCCCACCUACUCCAGAAUAAACCAGAUGAAGUAGCAACAAUUGAUUUGCGAGGUGUAUUAGAAUAUUCAAGAGUUCGCAUUGAAAAUAGUAUAAAUGUACCAUUUACUUCGGUGCAAUUGGGUGAAACACGUUUAGAAGCAUUGAAUAUUGUCAAUUUGGAAGCAAUGUUGGAUGGUAAAAUUGUUGUUGUGGUUAGCACAAUUCAUGAGAAUGCUGUUUUGUUUUCUAAAUUUUUCGUCGAAUGUGGAGUUGAGAAAGUAUGCAUUCUUCAUAAUGGUUUUAGCAUAUUACAUGCAAUUGAACCUAAUAUUCUUUUAUCAACGUAAAACGUAUUUUAAUAAAGAGAAAUAAAAUGUAAUUGAAUA